AUGUACUGGGAGGACUACAGCUCCAAUAGAGGCCAAAAAAUGAGUGAUAUAAGUAUACAAGAAUCUACAAUGGAGCCACCUGCCCUUGAUGCAGAGGGUUUCGCGAUCUGCCCAGAUUGUGGUAGUCGUGUAAAUUGUGGGACGAUCGGGCUGCCUAAUCUCGAGAAGCGCCACCAUGGAACGAAAAUCUGUAAAACAGCACAACAAAAACGAGAUAGGGAUGUGAAAAAGAAGGACGGAACAAUACUCAGCUUCUUGAGACCAAAGGCAGCCAUCAUACCAUCAACUGUCGAUGGUCCACCACCAGUCCACAGUUACAAGCUCGUUCCACGGACAGUGAGCAAUGCAAGCCCUGCCGCUGCUUCCACCACUCCUGAGCAGGAAAAAUUCGUCUCCAACUCAAUGUCGAAGUCCGUUUCGAGACCUAUUUCCAACAGCUUCAUCAAGGUGUUACGAGAUCUGGUCAAAAACUUACCAGCGAGCGUCCCCAAAGCAUCCGAGUUUGAGAAGCUGGCAGUGUUUGGAGGAAACCCGAAGGAAUUUGAUGACCCAUCCUUGCAGGCUGAUGAAUUGUGGGAGACAAGCCUGAACGGCGUCUUGAAGUCAACGUUGGGCUGGGGAAUGGAAGGAAACAUGGAUGAGAUAAUCCGUCGUGGGAGGUGGGGCCUGGACGGCUUGGUUGAUUUUGCAACAUACUUCGUGGAGGAACGCAGUGUGAGCGGAGGGCUGUUUGAAGGAAAACUAACAAAUCUCGUUGCGGCUUUGAAGGAAAGAGUGCCCGCAAGCCAUAUCCAUAAUCCGCCCCCCACCGUUGCACAAAGUCCUAGUCCCCCGUUGGCCGUCAUCGAACAAGGGGGUGCCACAUUGAUUCCCUUCGAUUCUGACAAUGUUCCUACUAGUCUUGAUUCUCCGAAGCUCGUAGGAUACCCCAAUGGACCAGAUGAAGCUGCGAGAAUCGAUGUCGAUGCUUUUUGCUUCGAGUACGAGGACAUUCUGAAACAAUCAAAAAUGUCAGCGGAACGAUGCAAGGGGUACACCAUGAUUUUUCCAGACGGAAAAUCACCAUAUACUGCAUAUCCCUUCGCUCUACAUGAUACCAUCGUCCUUCCGUGGGACCCUGUCCCCAAAGAUGGCGUGAUGAAACUCUUCACGCACAGCUGCCGUGGGUCAUCUGAUGGAUCAGGUGCAGCCUGUCAGCCAUGUCGAGAGCUUGGCAACAAUGAAACAUUAGAAAAUAUACUCAGACGGAUGAAGGAUGGCACUCACGAAAAUGCCGGGUUUGCAUACCAUGGGUUUAGCGGCCUCCAGGAGAUGCUUCACCACAAAAACCAGCUAGUCAAGUUUUAUCGACUCUGUGGUUUGAACCAAGCCAAGAAGCUCCUUUCAAAAGCGACUGCACUCUCUGACCAAAAGCGCCUCUUGAUGGCGAUCGCGAGUGGGAAGGCAAGUCGUGUUGAUCGUCUGAUCAGCCUUGGCCUUCGUCAAAAAAAGGGGGCCCGUGGGUUGUUGGUUUCGUAUUUGGCAGCAGCGGAUGGAUAUUACAACCCAAAGAGUUUCAUGGAGGAGGAAGAUAUGAAGGCUUUGCUGCUCUGGAAGCUUGGUGGGAAUCGGGUGGCAGAGAUUAAUCAUCGAGCAAACAACGCACCAAGUGUCUCAUACCUCAGGACUCGCUCAACCGUCCCACCAAUCAUCCCUUCUCAUGAAAAGCCCACAGUUGAACAGGUCGCAAAAAACGUUGAGGCGAUGUUGGAGGGGGUACUCGAUGUGAUCCAUGGUGAAAAUUGCCCCAAAUUCAUCCACGCGGUCUUGGAAUUCGAUGAGAUUGCCACUGAGAAGAGAAUCCACUGGGAUCCCAAGACAAACUACUUCCUGGGAUUAUGCAGGGAGCAUGCACAUAACACCGCAAUGGAGUUUGUCAAUGAAGGAGACAUGGAGGAGUUGUUUCAGGCCCUAGAUGACGGACAGGUUCAUCAUGCAGGCGAGGCGACCAUUGGCGCAUUGGGAAUUUUGUGCAAAGAUCAUCGAAUAUACCCUGCACGUCCUGUCCUUAUAUCAGGAGACUGCAAACGGGAAUCAGGAGAAGAGCAUGCAGAAAUUAUCCAGACUGUUCUCAAGGGCAUCAACGUGCUGCAAGACAAAACAAAACUCCGUUUAGUGUCCAUUGCCUCCGACGGUGAAACACGACAAGGAUCGGCUUUCAUUCUUCUCACUUUCAAAUCCCCACUGCUACCGACUUCCCCAAUUUACUCAAUCCUCAAGCCUCUUAAACUUUUAAAUCUCCAUGUCGGCGACGACGACCUCACGUGUGAUAAAGACUGGAAACAUGUCUUCAAGAGGUGGCGGAAUCUUCUCCUCCAACAACGUGGGGUGGUAGUCAAUGGUGUUCGAAUUACACCUGACAUUAUCAAGGACCAGUUUAGGUCAGCUGGACUCUCCGCUGAACAUAUUCGGCCGUUAUUCAAUCCAGAUGAUCAACAAGACAUCAAACUGGCCUUUGAUAUGCUCAAGGAUAUUUGGACACUUCCUCGUUCUUGUACAAACACGCGCCGAGGCUUUCUGGAAGUGCGAGAGGGCCUAUGGAUUUUAGGGAAGCUCUUACACCAUACAAUCUUUCCAUAUCUUUGUGUCGACCUCUCUCUCUCUGAGCAAAUCGAGCAUCUCAGCGCUGCAGCCCAUCUCGCUAUAAUUCUAUUUAGGUUGGCUGGAAAGAACUUUAUUCCAACCAACCUCUACAUCGACCUAAUGAUCAUGAUCAAGAACGUCCUUUUCUGUGUCGCCAAAGCAAAAAUUGACGAUCCUGAUGGAGAAUUCUGGCUCAUUCUCUUAGGAACUGACCGGCUUGAAGAGCUUUUUGGGAUUCUCAGGACGAUGGUUGGCAAUGAUGCCAAUCUGGAUACUUUGCAGCUUGUCUCUCGCCUCUCUGGUACCACAGAAGUUGCGAAUAUCCUUGCCAAGUAUCCCCAGUGGGACCGCUCGCCUCGCGCAGACCACAUCAAACCUGGAUCUUGGCGGGGAAAUGUCAAGCUCCACAACGUGUCCUUACAAACCUCUUGGAAUUGUGGUCGACGCAUCGUUGAGCAAGAAUUUGAAGGCCUGGAACACAACUUACAUGAACUUGAUAACUCAGACGGUGUCGAUAUUCUAUCUCCAUUCGGCACCCUUCUCUUCGACAUUCCUCUUGCGGAUGAUGAUAUUGACGAGAGUCUUGAAGCUCCAAGUUCCAAUGUUACUUCUGGCGAUCAAAUUAAUGACGAAAUUACUGGUGCAAGCACGCAUGACGUAGAUAUGUGUGUCGAUGUUGAAGAUGAACUUGGCACUGAACUUGCCUGCUUAACGAACACUGAAACAAAUCCCAGUCAAAGGGUAUUUAAUUCAAAAGUACUUGUCAAAGGUAUUGAAAAGUCGAAGGCCCGCGCGCUAAAGGAAUUUAGCAAGUACCGGCAACAUGCCAGCUCGAUGGAUCGUUUGAAACAUGUUCAAGCUAUUCCAAGGUUCGUCGAUAUCGAAAAAACAGUUGAAUCCCAUGCAAAUCACUCACCUGUCGACGAUACGGAGAAAAUUGUGAUCUCGGACCCAAUUUCUACCCUCAUUCGCGUCGAGAACCAGUUCUGGCUUUGUCUUGGAGAGGUCAAUGGACUCCAAGUUGAUGGUUGCCGAGUUGAGGAAGUGAGCUUCGAAAUGCUCCCAGAGGACACAGUUACUGUUUUGUAUCAAAUCCUGGGGUUGCAUCCUGCAACAUUGGCUGAUGAUCCUGAUGGACGACAUGACUGGAGAACAUACAUGAUACGUGAACGGACAUUUACCGUACCUGGACGCCUUAUCCAGUCUGUCAACCCAACCACCUCAAAAACCCACCUUACCAUUCCUUUCUAUCUGUUACAGAGCACGGUUUUAGUGGCGUUGACAGCCAGUCUCUUCCAGAGUCUUACCAUCUCAAGUCUCAAAGCUGUACCGAAGCUUGCACCAAUGACAGAGAUGGGUGGUAUACACUUUUAUGAUAAAAACCAGACAUAUGCCUGGAGGGCGAUGUGUAUAAUGCCUAGAGGUUCAAUGAGAUCGCAUAUCUCAUUGUUCUAG